CAUUUUGACAUCUUUGUCAGUUUUUUGUUGUUUAUUUUUACGAAAUUUUAUCUAUUUUCUGUGGUAUAAAUAAACAUGAAUUUAAAAAACGUUUGCUAUGUAUGGGACGAAAAUUUAAUUCAAGAAUGUGAUCGCCUUCCAGCCGUUCCCGGUCGAGCUUCUAUGGUACACAGUUUGAUUACAGCAUAUGGCUUAUUCCAGCACGUUAAAGUGGUCCGAUCGAAAGCUGCGGUUGAAGCAGACUUAAUGAGAUUUCAUUCAGAUUUAUAUUUAAAUCAUUUAAAGACCUUUACAGAAAUAGAUGACGAAUAUAUGACGACUAAUGAGGAUGAAGAGUUAGGCAUUGGAUAUGAUUGUCCACCAGUAUCAAAAAUGACUGAAUUGGUGGCAACUCUAGCUGGAGGGACCAUCACAGCGGCCCGGUGCCUCACUCUAAGUUUAACGAGAACCGUUUUAAACUGGUGUGGAGGAUGGCAUCAUGCAAACAGACAUGGCGCUGAAGGAUUCUGCUAUGUGAAUGACAUAGUACUUGGUAUUGAAUAUUUGAGAGAAAAGUUUCCAAAAGUCCUGUACAUAGACUUAGAUGUACAUCAUGGUAAUGGUGUCCAAGACGCCUACAACCUAAGCAAGUCAGUGUUCACCCUGUCUAUCCAUAAGUUUGAGCCCGGUUUCUACCCAGGAACAGGGAAUAUUGAUGACAUUGGGAACCUGGCAGGCAAGGGCUACUGCAAUGUGCCGCUACAUGCCUGUUAUUCCGAUGAUACUUUGGAGUAUGUGUUUGGAAAGGUAUUCUCAUCAAUACUUGACCACUUCCAUCCGGACGCCAUAGUAGUGCAGUGCGGCGCAGACGCGUUAGCUCUGGAUCCGCACGGCGGCGCGUGCGUCACCGCUCGCGGCUACAGCGCCUGCGUGACCACUGUGUUAGCGGCCGGGAGGCCCACCAUGCUGUUAGGUGGAGGUGGAUACAAUCACGCGAACGCCGCUCGCCUGUGGACGAGUCUCACGGCCCUAGUGGCUGGAGUAUCUCUCGACGAGAACAUUCCAGAACAUACGUACUGGCCGCAGUACGGACCAGACUACACCCUGGCCAUACAACCAACUUUGUCUAAAGACACCAAUAAAACUGUCUACUUAGACGAAUGUGUCGCGAGGAUACAAAGUAAUUUAAGUACACAUUUACAGAAAGAGAAAUUUGACCUUAUGGAAGUGUCACACAAAACCUCGGAAAAUGGCAUAGCAGCCAGGAAAAAUAGGAGAAUAUUCGAAAAUACAAGUAAACCUAAAUUAAAAGCAGAAGAAAAGACGAAUGAUGAUGUCUAUGCGUUUACGGAAUAAAAUAUUACAAAUAAGGA